UAGGAGUGCAAAUCAGCCAUGUCUUGUUUGCUAUUCCAGAUUCCAAUUACAGUAAAUAAGUCUUUAAUCUUUUUCGCAACGCGUCAAAUUCAUAAAAAGAAAGUUAUGCUUGAAAAUAUUUUUUCAAUUUAUAAAAAUUGAACACUCAACUGUCAUUUUCAUUCGGAAUUUGAAAAUUUUGGAUGCACAGGUAAUGAAUGGACUGAAAUUUGACUCUAAUCGUGUACAAUCUAGUUUUCCUCUUACUUUUAAUUGAGAAAUAAAAAAGGUUAUUUUUUAAAUUUUUUAUUAAAAAAAAAGGUAAAAUAAUUGCAUGGCGUCCAGAUAUUGGUCCGGAUUUUAACUGCCGCUAGACGCGGAGAGCACACUGGUAAAACGACCGGUCCAGUAACUUGAUUGAACUGGAUUCCAUUUUAUAAAUAGCAUUAGCUAAUUUUUCUGCAAUUCUAUUUCUUACUCCAAAUCCGAGAAAUGACAACCUCCGUCAAGAACAACUUCUUGCCUCCGUCUCUCAUCUCAAAUCUCCAGCAAGUUCUCAUCGCUAGAAAUGACGUCGCCGAUGCCGGUGUAGAACAGUCCUCAAACAAUGAUAUCCAUGAUGAUCCCAAUCCAGUUGCUUUUAAUGCAUCUUCUUCUUCUCCAAGUAGUCUCCAGAGCAAUGUCUAUGGUGAUUGUGAAAAGGAAAUAGUUUUGGUCACUAAUGGAGAAGGAAUAGAGUCCUCUGGACUCACUUCUCUGGUCGAAGCUCUUGUUCGUGAUGGCCGUUUUAAUGUUCAUGUCUGCGCUCCCCAAUCUGAUAGAUCUGUUUCUGGCCACUCAGUAACGAUUAGGGAGACGCUCGCUGCUCGUUCUAUUGAAAUUAGCGGCGUCACUGCUGCUUAUGAAGUUUCUGGGACUCCUGCGGACUGUGUUUCUUUAGCCUUAUCAGGGGCACUGUUCUCCUGGACUAAGCCUGCCCUGGUGAUCAGUGGAAUAAACAGAGGAUCAAGCUGUGGUCAUAACAUGUUCUACUCAGGUGCUGUUGCUGCUGCAAGGGAAGCAUUGAUUUGUGGCGUACCAUCUCUUUGCAUAUCAUUGAACUGGAAGGAUGGAGUAAGCUGCGAAAAUGACUUGAAGGAUGCAGCCAAUGUUUGUUUGCCAUUAUUGUAUGCUGCGAUAAGGGAUAUAAAGAAGGGAAACUUCCCCAAAACUUGCUUGCUGAACGUAGAAAUUCCCACUUGUCCCAUUGCAAACAAGGGCUUUAAAGUAACAAGGCAGAGUGCAUGGAGGUCCUCUUUGAGAUGGCAAGCAGUGGCAGCAAACAGGCAUCCUUCUGCUGGCAAUUUCAUGUCCAAUCAACAAAGCCUGGGUAUGAAGCUUGCACAACUCAGCCGAGAUGCCUCUGCCGCAGGUGCAGCUCGCCGCUUCAAUUCACAUAGGAAAAACGUAGAGAUUGAAUCUGUUGGAAUUGCAGGAAAAGUUAAUCCCCCAAAAACUUUGAAGAAAUACUUCCGUUUAGAGCUUUCAGAAAAGGAGCAGGAAGACAUUGAAGAGGAUCUAGAUUUCAGAGCACUUGAGAAUGGAUUUGUUGCGGUAACUCCUUGUUCCUUAACUACUGAACCGGAGAUCCAAAACGUGUUGUCUAAUUGGAUGGCAACUGCCCUUGCCACCGAUUAAUAAUGUUCUGUCGAAUUGUAUUCGGGGUGUGCGUUUUGUUAAGUUAUAGGCUAUGCUGCGAGGCCUUACAUAGUCAAUUUAGAUUGACAGUGAAUGGAUCUAUUAUUAUUAUUAUUAUUAUUAUUAUUAUUAUUUUGAAUAUGAAUGGAUGAAUUUUGAUUUUUAAA